AUGGGUAAGAGAACAAAGAAGGUCGGAAUUACUGGUAAAUUUGGUACUAGAUAUGGUGCUUCCCUACGUAAACAAGUAAAAAAGACGGAGUUAUUACAACGUGAGACUUAUGGUUGUCCAUUUUGUGGAAAAACUACUACAAAGCGCACAGCUUGUGGUAUAUGGGAAUGCAGAGGAUGUAAGAAGAUUUUAGCAGGAGGUGCUUGGCAAUUAAGUACUGCAGCUGCUAUCACAGCUAGAUCUACAAUUUCUCGUCUUAGAAAGCAAAGAGAAGAAGCUGAAUAA